CGGAACGAAGAAUGAUUUCUAAGCGCAGCUCCGCAGCCUACUCGCCUAGUUGGCUGGGGCUACCUGUGCUGGGAGUUUCCAUUUCCCUUCCCGCGACUGCACCUGCACAGACACGGGCAACGCCUUACCAGAGCAACACCUGUGUUUCUUUGGCAGGAAUGAGCCUUGCACUGGGCGGGGCUCAGGGCCCACCGCAUGCUGCGUAGCGCGGGUGAUUUAAACCCAGGCAGUCGGCGCCUGGGACCCGACCGGAUGCUCCUUGGCGUCGCCCCGGGUCUCCGGACUCCUCUGAUUGGACGUGGCUGCGUUCGGCCUCCCAAUGGCGAGGAGGCGCGCGGCUUCCCGGAAGUGGCAGCGCGGUCAGGGCUGGCCUGGGCUUCAGCUGCAGUUUUGGGGUCCGGGACGUUGGGAUCCGCGGCGAUAUGAGUUCCUUCGAGGGGCAGAUGGCCGAGUAUCCAACUAUCUCCAUAGACCGUUUCGACAGGGAGAACCUUAGGGCCCGCGCCUACUUCCUGUCCCACUGCCACAAGGAUCACAUGAAAGGAUUAAGAGCCCCUACCUUGAAAAGAAGGUUGGAGUGCAGCUUGAAGGUUUAUCUAUACUGUUCACCUGUGACUAAGGAGUUGUUGUUAACUAGCCCGAAAUACAGAUUUUGGGAGAAACGAAUUAUAUCUAUUGAAAUCGAGACUCCUACCCAGAUAUCUUUAGUGGAUGAAGCAUCAGGAGAGAAGGAAGAGAUUGUCGUGACUCUCUUACCAGCUGGUCACUGCCCAGGAUCAGUUAUGUUUUUAUUUCAGGGCAAUAAUGGAACUGUCUUGUACACGGGAGACUUCAGAUUGGCACAAGGAGAAGUUGCUAGAAUGGAGCUUCUGCACUCGGGGGGCAGAGUCAAAGACAUCCAAAGUGUAUAUUUAGAUACUACUUUCUGCGAUCCGAGAUUUUACCAAAUUCCAAGUCGGGAGGAGUGUUUAAGUGGAAUCUUAGAGCUGGUUCGAAGCUGGAUCACUCGGAGCCCGUACCAUGUUGUGUGGCUGAACUGCAAAGCGGCUUAUGGCUAUGAAUAUUUGUUCACCAACCUUAGUGAAGAAUUAGGAGUCCAGGUACGGACACAAAGGAGAGUUUGUCUGAAUGUUUACAAAUCUAGAAUCUGUUUCUGUUGCGACAUUUCUGAACUGAUAUUCAUUUCCAUUUCUUCCUAUGGUGUUUCCUUUAGUUCAACAAUGUGGCAGAAGAGCUCCAGUCUCAUGGAGAGGCCAGGUGCAAAGGCAGCACACAAGCUCGAUGGGUGCAGAAGGAACGAGGCCCCUUGUCAGGGAAUCUGCCUCGCAGACCCCGAUGAGGACAUAACAGGACCAGGCUUGCAGAUGUCGAUGGAGAGGAGGAUGGACAAUCUCUGGAGAGAGGUCUGGGUUGGAGACACAGAUUUGGAGUUGGCAGUGCAGGCAGAGGAAUAUUUUGAGUGGAGCAAAUUACCCUGUGGAAUUACUUCCAGAAAUAGAAUUCCACUCCACAUAAUCAGUAUUAAGCCAUCCACCAUGUGGUUUGGAGAAAGAAGCAGAAAAACAAAUGUAAUUGUGAGGACUGGAGAGAGUUCAUACAGAGCUUGUUUUUCUUUUCACUCCUCCUACAGUGAGGUAAGAGGAUCCCAUGUACUCAUAACCCUUAUUGCUCAGUGUUCUGCAGCCUUGAUCAUCCUAAAGGCGUCCCAGAAUCUGCCAGGAGGCGGCAGUUGGCAGUGUGGCCUUCAAAAGGGCUUAAAGCCUUUAUGCCGGUCUUCCCAAAGUAUGGAGCCAAAGUAUAAACCACUGGGAAAACUGAAGAGAGCUAGAACAAUCCACCGAGACUCAGAGGAAGAAGAUGACUAUCUCUUUGAUGAUCCUCUGCCAAUACCUUUAAGGCACAAACUUCCAUACCAGGAAACUCUUCAACCUGAGGUAUUUUCAAUGACUGCAGUAUCAGAAAAGCAGCCCGAAAAACUGAGACAAACUCCAGGAUGCUGCAGAACAGAGAGUAUGCAGAGCUCUCGUUUCACAAACUUUGUAGAUUGUGAAGAAUCCAACAGUGAAAGUGAAGAAGAAUUAGGAAUCCCAGCUUCACUGCAAGGAGAUCUGGGCUCUGUACUUCACCAGCAAAAGGCUGAUGGGGAUGUACCCCAGUGGGAAGUAUUCUUUAAAAGAAAUGAUGAAAUCACAGAUGAGAACUUGGAAAACUUCCCUUCCUCCAUAGAGGCAGGGGGAUCUCAGUCACCGAAGCUUUUCAGUGACUCUGAUGGAGAAUCAACUCACAUCUCCUCCCAGAAUUCUUCCCAGUCAACACACAUAACAGAACAAGGAAGUCAAGGCUGGGACAGCCAAUCUGAUACUGUUUUGUUAUCCUCCCAAGAGAGAAACAGUGGGGAUAUUACUUCCUUGGGCAAAGGUGACUACAGACCAACAAUCAAAGAGAAUAUUCCUGCCUCUCUAAUGGAACAAAAUGUAAUUUGCCCAAAGGAUACUUGUUCUGAUUUGAAAAGCAGAGUUCAAGAUGUAACAACAGUUCCUAGUACUGGAGAACCAAUUACUCUAAGCAGUGAGAAACAUAUACCUGAGGAAAAAAGUUUGCUAAAUCUUAGCACAAAUGUGGAUUCCCAGAGCUCUUCUGAUUUUGAAGUUCCCUCAACUCCAGAAGCUGAGUUACCUAAACGAGAGGAUUUACAAUAUUUAUAUGAGAAGCUGGCAACUGGUGAGAGUAUAGCAGUCAAAAAAAAAUGCUCACUCUUAGAUAUCUAAGAAUUCAAAGCGCUUCAACCUAGAGCAACCACUAAAAAACCUGCAGAGAGAUGAUAGUCAAUAUUACAAUAGAGAAAAUAUAAUACUUAAAAAUGUUCAAAUAAUCUGGUUUGGUGUGGUGGCUCACACCUGUAAUCCCAGCACUUUGAGGUGGGCAAUCGCUUGAGCUCAGGAGUUCGAGACCAGCCUGGCCAACAGUGAGAUGUGUCUCUACUUACAAAAAAAAAAAAAAAAAAA